AUGCGGCUAACUUCUUUUUUGCGUUGUCCCGCUGCCGGCUCUACCCUCACUGCCCGUCUCUCCCAAUUGGCUCUACGCGUAGAGACUCUCUAUCCAUAUAAACGAACAGAGAUCCACACUCCACCUAAAGAGGAGGAUGAUGGGAGUUUGUGGAAAGAUGUUGUGGCUGUGGCGGGGGCGGCUGGUGAGGCCCGAGAGACGGACACCGCAAUGGCACUCGUCCUUCGACUUCUUCAUUAUUCCAAGAGUUCACCGCCCGCUGGUGUGUGGGCCACACUCAUUCGAGAUUUAGCGCCCUACGGUGAUGUGGAGGCGAAUACAGUUCUGACGUAUCCGGGAGUGAUAUCGAAUGGGUAUAGUCAUUCCUCUCACACCUCUGCAGAGAGAUCACAGUACCGUAGACUCUCCAUGGAAAGGAGUGGAACAGGAAUAGAAUCAGGGGGAGUAGGGGGAAAUAUAGAAGAAGGGCCUGUGGAUAGUGGGAUAUUGUUGCGACCAACGCGGGAGACGUUGUUGUUAACAGGAGGGGUGGUUCCAUUAAGUGCACGUGCCCCUUGUAGUGAUGGUGGUGCUUUGGCUAAUUUAUUAAAUGCGUUUUGCAGUUCAUAUGAGGCGAGUAGUAGUGAUGAAAGUAUAUCUCUAUCAGUAGUGAAGGAUGUGAUGGAUGCCGUUGUGAGUACGUUGCGGCUUAUUGCCCCAACUGUGGUAUUAACAGAGUCUAGUUCAGUGACACGGUCACUGUUACGGUUUUUUCAACUUGUUUUUCGGCCUGGAAAACAAGAAAAAGAAGAAGAAAAGAAAAAGGAACAGCAAAAACUUGCUGAAGAGUUAGCGAUUCAUUUAAUUAAAGUAUUACCAAUAAAUGCAGUUGGGGCACGAGUGGUAAUACUUUUUCUUGCUGAACAACACAAGAGUUUCCCAGAUGAUAUGAUCCAUUUACCGUUAGUUCGUAUUGCUGUUAAAGGUCUCUGGUUGAAUUAUGAAUCUGUUGAUGAUUUUUCAUGUUUACAGCAUUUACAACAAGUAAAUGAUGCAGUAGAUGUUACACUUCAACGAAAUGCAAAUAGUGGUAAUUCAUUAGGAUUAGAAGAAGCGGAUGAGUCAGAUAUUCGUCUUUUACUCUCAUUAGCAUUACUUCGUUUGAUGCGUUUACAGGCAGAUUCACCAGAUAUCUUUUUACGUGAUGCUGUUGAUAUCGUAGAUCGUUGCCCUGUUAACCUCUCAGUGGAGUAUGAACUCCUAGCUGCAAAGGUACAACUACUAGAUUUAUUUAUAGAUGAUCCAGAAAGUAGUAAUACCAUUUAUGAUGAUUUAUUACAAUCACUACGGGCGCUUGUAGAACUUCGUCCAAGGGAUAAUUCAAUACAACAAGAAGAAGAAUUAUUGGAGGAAAAAGGAGGAGGAGGAGAAGAAGAAGAGGAAAUUAGACGGAUCACACAAUUUCAUUUUCAAGAGGCGCAUCGUCUUGUAGUGACGGCGUUUGCCCAAUCUCAUGUGGAAGAACGACUGAAUCAGGCGUAUACUAUUCUAGUCACUCAUAAAUAUCAUGGUCUUAUCAUUACACGGGAAUUAAUGCAUCCACUUAUGGAUGUACUUAGUCGACGUGGGGAUUGUCGUGUUUUCAAUAUUGUGGAUCUCUGUGUACUCUACAGUGGUAACAGUAUAGAUUAUGAAACAUUAAAUUAUCUCUUUCAGUCAUGUCGUGUGGCUGGAGACUUUUAUCGGGCUCGAACACUUUAUCAAUUACUACGGGAGAUGAUACCAGGAUUUCUCUUACGUGCCCCAGAGUCUAUUAAAGAGGCAUUGCGAGGGUUAAAGGUGUUGGAACCUGAACCAAAUCAUCUUUUCCCUUCUUCCUUCACAGUAGAAAGAGAUGUAGAUGCAACUGUGGCUGCGGCUGCAGUGGCGUCUGCAGGCGUUGUGGAUGAUGAAAUGCUUGGCGUUCAGCAACGCGGGCCCAUUCGAGAGUUACCCAACGUUGUUAAAGAGACAUCAUCAAAAGAUGCUCACACAUCACAGUAA